CAUCAGAAUUCACAAAAAUGGCUCCACUCCUGAACAGCAUCCUCACUGUGAUCGAGGUGUUCCAUGAAUACGCCAAGGAGAAUGAUGACUGCACAUCCCUGGGCAAGAAAGAACUGAAGCAACUUCUCCUAAAAGAGUUUCAGGAGAUCCUUCGGAGACCACAUGACCCUCAGACAGUUGAUACCAUCUUACAGCUCUUAGAUCGGGACCAUGAUGAACAUAUUGAUUUUAACGAAUUUCUGUUGUUAGUAUUUAAGUUGGCUCAAGCCUGUUAUCUAACUCAGAGUAAAAAGUUAUGUAGAGACAAAACUGGGUCCCAUCAAGAACGAGGAAGAGAGAAAACCCGGGACCAUCAUCUUCCAGAGGAGGGUAUGGGCAAGCAACAGAAACAGAAGCAUAGAGGACAAAGGCAGGAUUCCCACCGUGGUCAAUCUGAAAGACAAGACAGGGACUCUCGCUAUGGUCAGUCUGAAAGACAAGACAGGGACUCUCGCUAUGGUCAGUCUGAAAGACAAGACAGGGACUCUCGCUAUGGUCAGUCUGAAAGACAAGACAGGGACUCUCACUAUGGUCAGUAUGAGGGACAAGAUGAGGACUCGCACUAUGGUCAACAUGAGGGACAUGACCACCACUGUCACCAUGACCAUUCUGGAAAAGACCAGCAUUCUCACCAUGGCCAAGAUGAGAGGCAAGACCAUCAUUCUCACCAUGAUCAGUCCGAGAGACAAGAUAAUACCUCUCGCUGUGGUCAGUCUAAAAGGUUAGGACAGGACUCACACCAUACUAAUUCAAGCAGACCAGGACAGGAUAUUCACUCUGAUCAGUCUAAAAGGAGGGGGCAGGAAGCAGGUUGUGGUCAGUCUGAGAGACAAAGUUAUGUUUCUUGCUUAGGUCUAAAUAAGAGACAAAGCUUUUGUGGAAGUAAACCUGAGGGACAAGAUCAUGGUUCUCAUUAUGGUCAGUCUCAAAGGCUGGGACAAGAAUCAAAUUGUGGUCAGACAGAUAGACAAAGACUAAACACUGGUAAUAGCCAUUCAGGUAGGCAAGGACAAGAGUAUGGCUGUGGUCAGUCAGGGAGACAAGACCUGGAUUCUGGCUAUGGUCAGUCCGAGAGAUCCGAACAGGAAUCAAGUUGUGGUCAGACAGACAGACAAGGACUAGAUUCUCAUUGUGGCCAGUCAGGAAGGCAAGGACUAGACUCCCACUAUGGCCAGUCAAGGGGACAAGAACUAGGCACUCAAUGUGGCCAAUCAGGGAGGCAAGGACUAGAUUCUCAUUAUGGUCAGUCAGGAAGUCAAGGACUGGACUCUCACUAUGGCCAGUCUGGGGAUUUUGGACAAGAAUCAAGCUAUGGUCAAUCAGGGAGAGAGGGACUAGACUCUCACUAUGGCCAGUCAGGGAGACAGGGACUAGACUCUCACUAUGGCCAGUCAGGGAGACAGGGACUAGACUCUCACUAUGGCCAGUCAGGGAGACAGGGACUAGACUCUCACUAUGGCCAGUCAGGGAGACAGGGACUAGACUCUCACUAUGGCCAGUCAGGGAGACAGGGACUAGACUCUCACUAUGGCCAGUCAGGGAGACAGGGACUAGACUCUCACUAUGGCCAGUCAGGGAGACAGGGACUAGACUCUCACUAUGGCCAGUCAGGGAGACAGGGACUAGACUCUCACUAUGGCCAGUCAGGAAGACAGGGACUAGACUCUCACUAUGGCCAGUCAGGAAGACAGGGUCUAGACUCUCACUAUGGCCAGUCAGGAAGACAGGGACUAGACUCUCACUAUGGCCAGUCAGGAAGACAGGGACUAGACUCUCACUAUGGCCAGUAUGGAGGGUUUGGUCAAGAUUCAAGCUAUGGUCAAACACACAGACAAGGUUUGGACACUGGCUAUGGAUAUUCUGAGGUACAGGGGCAAAAUAGUCAGUUCCAAAAUAGUGGAAGAAGAGGACAAGCAGAGCAGGAUCUGAGUAGAAAUCAAGACCAUGUAUCUGGGGAGGAUAGACAGGGCCAUUUUCACCAAGGGCUAUGGCAACCAGAAAGGGAGUCUGAGAGCCGUCAACAUAAGGUGUAUUCACAGUCCCAGCAGGAGAGAACCCUCUGCCACAAAGGGAGAGAAUGGCAAAAGGAUGGUACUGAACAGACUGGAGGGCAGGCACAAGACAGACGAGGGUGUGAAGAAAAGAAAAGUUAUCAAAGAUAUGACCAGCAAACACACAAAGAGGAACAGAGUCACCAGACUAGGGAUAGACAGGGUCAUGAGGAGCAGGGAACCUCUUCCCAGAGACAAAAUAGGCAGUCUUGUGGCAAUGAGCAAAGUCAUUGGACACAGGAUAAUCAAACACAGAACAGGCAAACCCGAGACAAUGAGAAGUAUCAUCAGACCAGGGACAGGCAAGAUCAUCAAGACUGCAGCAAUGAGCAAAGUCAUCAGAGGCAGGACAGACAAACCCGCGGGGAAGAAGAGAGUUCAUGUCAGACCCAGAGCAGAGAAGCCCAUGAAGGGCAGAGACAACAAAAAUCCCAGAAUCAGCGAUACCAAGGAAACCAGCAGAACCAUCCUCAGACAAGAGGAUCCAGCACACAUGAGUCUCACCACGUCCGUCAUCAGAUACAAGGUUCUCAGAGAAGGUCUGGUGACCAAAGUUCCUAUCCAACCCAGAACCAUGGAAACCAGAGAGGAGGAGCAUCUAAUGGAAGACAUACCACUAACUCAGCUGUUGCUUCCAACCCUCUCUAUGAUUAUGUACAAGAGCAAAAAGCCCAGGGGCAUCACAACUAAAAAGAUAUCAGAUCAAAACCAGACUAAGUUCAAAUAAUUUUCCCUUUAAGAGAUUCUAAGUGUAUCUGACUUAUUCUGUACUCAGUCUAUAUAACUAUUCUCUUUUUAAGAAUGAGUACCUACUUUUAAAGUGCUUUAGCUGGGGGUGAGGGGAAGCAUAUCCAGGGGAAGUAUGAAAAAUGACAGAUUCCUGGUUGAGUUAAAUAUGGGUUUUUAAUUGGGUGAAAUAAUCAGAUCCCAGUUUGAAUCAGUUGUAGGGGUUAAUUUUUUUUCCUGAAUUGCACUCUGAAAACUUGGGAGUAGUUUCAAAAAUCGGGUUUCUUAGACUUGUUAAUUUUCCAUAAAGAGGUAGAUCCUUCUGCCAUGAAGCACAGAGAUACAAAACCACAUUCUCACAUCUGUGUUUGAGUUGACUUACUCAUUACAGUUUAAGAG